AGUGAUUUUCUUGAAAAAUAAUGAUGUCCUUGAUGUAAACAUGCUAUGCUCUAAAAUGAAGUACUGCUAUCCUAUCAUAUUGUGUGUAUACUGUAUAUGUAGAGUAAGUACUAGGUGUGUAGUACUGCUAUACAGACAGGAGAGUAACAGAGACGUCAUCUUGGCCGCGUCCAGUCAAGGUCAUGAUGAAGUAAAUAGUGGUGGGGGGGGGGGGGGGGGGUGUCCUGGCUGUCCCAAAGACGGAGUGUUCCUGUUGGUGAGGGCGUGUGAGCAUGUGGUCCGGUGGCGUCCAAUGGCGAGGCUGGAAGCAGCCGACGGGACCCGGCAUCAUCAGCAUCCGUCCUGGCAGCACCCCACCCCCCCCCUUCACUCCCUGUUUCCCUCCCUCCCCGAAGGAGAGGAGAUGGGUUGUGGGAUGAGGAUGCAGCAGGAAGCGGACGCAGCGGGGACGCAGGCAGGAAGGAAGGACGGAAGGACGGGUCGGCUGUGAUGUAGGAGAGCAGCAUCAUCAAGGAGAGUGAAGGAUGUUGUCCACGGCGCAGCAGAUGCUGCAGGACAGCCGCUCCAAGAUGGAGCUCCUGCGGCUGCACAUCACCAAAGCGGCCCAGGCGGGAGGCGCCGCCGACGCCCGCCUGGCCGAGCUGCGGCGCUACAUGCAGCGAGAGCACGCCGCCUUGGAAGGGGCCAAUGAAGUCCUCGGGCGAACCACGCCGGACCACGAGGCCCACACGGAGGCUCGGGUUCGAGCACGCGAGUCCUCCCAGAGGCUGGACCUGCUGCGUGCGUCCGUGGAGGCGUGCCUGCGGGACGGGGCGUCUCCGGACGGGACGGUCGGAGGUGGCGAAGCGCUCGGAGGAGCCGUCCGCUCUCCGGUCCGAGGGCGCUCGGCGGCCAUCUUGUCCAGCAGACCCGCCUCACUAACGGGGAAGCUGGAGGUGAGGCUCCUUGGAUGCGAGGACCUGAUGUCCCCUCCGACUCACGUGGCCGGCGUCCCCACGGAAGAGGAGGACGAUUCCCCUGGCGCCGCGAUGCCUUCAGGUACGAGCGGCUGUCUGUCGGUGUCCCAACCAGAAGGGGCGGAGACCAGCGGCGUGCUGAGGCUGGACGGCAGGGUGGUGGACAGGACGCCCUGGGGGCCCGUGGGGAAGAUGGCCUGGGAUCACGCCUUCUCCAUCCACCUGGACAGAUCCCAGGAGCUGGAGGUGGACGUCCUGUGGCGGGACAGGAAGCGCGUGUGCGGCCUGGCCUUCCUGCGACUGGAGGAGCUGCUGGACCGGGAGAAGACCUCCUCGGGGGUGUGGCGUCUGGAACCGCGAGGCCUCCUCCACGCCCGGUUUGACCUCGUGGACGUGGCGGUGGAGCGUCAGCCCAGACUGAGACGUCAGCCGUGUGUUUUUACCAAGGAGAGAGGUAAAAGAUUUGUGCGAGCGGCUCAGCUGAACAUGAACUUUUCCACGUGGGGUCACCUGAUGAUGAGCGUCCUUCCUCGCUACGCCUCCUUCAGCACGCUCGGCUCCGCCCUCGCCGCCAGGGUCGCGGCGUCCGAAGCAACGGCGCCGAGCGAGGACACGGCCGUCGUCAGAGCUCCUCCCAGCCAGCAGGAGGCGACGCGGGACAGGAUGCGCAUGGAGGACCUGCAGUACGUGUCGGUGCUGGGUAGAGGUCACUUUGGGAAGGUUCUGCUGGCCGAGUUCAAGAAGACGGGGAAGCUGUACGCCGUCAAAGCCUUGAAGAAGAGCGACAUCCUCAUGCGGGACGAGGUGGAUAGCCUGAUGAGCGAGAAGAGAAUCUUGGAGAUGAUCAACGUGUCCCGCCAUCCCUUCCUGGUUCAUCUCCACGGCUGCUUCCAGACGGGCGAGCACGUCUGCUUCGUCAUGGACUACCUUCCCGGAGGGGACCUGAUGAUCCACAUCCACAACAGGGCCUUCAGCGAGGCCCAGACCAGGUUCUACUCGGCCUGCGUGGUCCUGGCUCUGGAGUUCCUGCACCUCAACAAGAUCAUCUACCGGGACCUCAAGCUGGACAACCUGCUGAUGGACGCCGACGGCUUUGUCAGAAUGACCGACUUUGGACUUUGUAAAGAAGGGAUGGGACACGGAGAUCGGACGGCCACCUUCUGCGGCACGCCCGAGUUUCUGGCGCCGGAGGUCCUCACGGAUGACGACUACACACGGGCCGUGGACUGGUGGGGGAUGGGCGUACUCAUCUACGAGAUGCUGGUGGGCCAGUCUCCCUUCCUGGGCGAGGACGAGGAGGAGGUGUUUGACAGCAUCGUCAACGAUGACGUGCAGUACCCACCAGCGCUUCCCGCCGACGCCGUGACCAUCAUCCAGAAGCUGCUGAAGAAGAACCCGCUGAAGAGGCUCGGCGCCGGAGAGAGAGACGCCAGCGAGUUGAAAGGAGAGGAAUACUUUCAGGACGUGGACUGGGACGCUCUGCUGGCCAAGAAGGUGAAGCCUCCUUUCCUGCCGUCCAUCAAAGAUUGGGCCGACGUCAGCAACUUCGACGAGGACUUCACCAGACUGCAGCCCGUCCUGUCCCCGCCCGCCGAGCCCGGGGUCCUGUCGGCCGAGCAGCAGGGCGCCUUCGCCGACUUUGACUUUUGCGCGGCCGAGGCGGGAUCGGCGGCCGCCGACACGGACGCUUCCAGCAAUUCUUCCGCUCGCUUUGACUGACCCGAGAAGCGUGACAAGCUCCGCCCACUGCCGCGACCCGCCACGUGAACUGCCGCAUGGCCACAGAGCCAGAGCCGUCCUGAUAGAUGUAGUCCAUGCUCCACAUGUGCUUUAUUAAUUUCAUAAGGGGGCGUGUCCAUGAGUAAAGGCCGUGGCUGUGAACGAAUGAAACGAAGCAUCUACUUCCUGUGUUGCCGUGCGUCCCGUGCGCGUACCUGGAGUCAGACGGGGUCGUGGGUGUUCCUGUGGUAGACCUGCUCCCACGCCACCGCCCCGCAGGCGCAGAAGAAGUCCCACAGGUUGCAGAGGACGCCGCGGUCGAAGGGGUUGUCCUCGUCGGCGCGCUCCCUCAGGUAGGCGAUCCUGUGGCGGGACAUGAACUCCCAGGUGGUGCGGUUGAUGGACACCAGGUAGACGUGGCAGCCCAGCAGCACCGCCACCACCGCCGCCAUGACGCCCGCCACGCACAGCGCCGCCAGCAGGAAGCCGUUGCCGCGCAACCACGACUCCCAGGUGCCGGAGGGGGAGAUGCCAGACCUGCCGUGGGGACAAGGUGCGUUUGAGGGAGGCGGGCCGGGUGAGAGCGGGCGUCGGCGUACGUACAGCGCCACCUGCAGGGCCCACAGCAGCGCCAGCAGCUGCACGGCGAGGUAGACCACGAACCAGCGGUGGUUCCUCUCGCCCACGCAGUUCUCGAUCCAGGGGCAGUGGUGGUCGAAGCGACGCACGCAGCGUUUGCACGUCUGACAGUGCUUGGCUCUCAUUGGCUGCUGCUCCCACACACAGGAAGACAGACACCGUGGAGUACAUUCAACACGUAUCCGCCAUGCUGCUCUCUUCUACGCCCCCUACCUGCAGCAGACAGAAGCCGCAACGCCGUAGACGAGGCGCCGUGGAGGCCUGAGGCAUCAUGGACUCUGUCUCCAGAUCUGAAUCCUACACACGACACGUGCACACGCGCUCUUUCAUCAUUGGCCACUGUUCAAAUCGUCCAUUGUUUGUCUAUAGGUGCACUGUGAUUGGCUGCUAAUGCUAAUGAAUGGGAAACUGCAUUUGGGGGUCUCUUGGUGGGUGUCCCUCACCUUCACAGUGUCAGAGAGGACGAAUCCGGGGUCCAUGAGGGACACGGCAAAGUACAGGAGCACUGAAAGCACCACCAGGAGGAAGAAAAGAACCGGAAGCAGCAGUUCCCCACGCUCCUCGCACUGACGCAGAUCUGCACCCAAUACAAGACCAUAAACAUUUCAUCGCUUUUAUUUUGUAUCAAAAGACUAAUGUAAACACUUACCAGUGUUGUGUACGAACAGAAUCAGGGUUAUAACCCACGUUAGUACGGUAUGUGAGGCCCGAACUAGGAACCCGGUCCGGAACAUGUCCUGAACCGUUUUCGUCUUACAUAUAAAUCAACUAUCUGAACACUUUUCAUUCAUGUGUGUUCAUUCAGCACACGGCUAGCACGCUAGCUAGCUAGCUAACCACAGGCCCCGCUUCAAGCUUUUACACGACAUAACCCUGACGCAAAGGUAAAGGCAGUAAAAACAAAGUCGUUGUAUUGGCUUAGUUAUAUUUCAUUUCAGCUAACCGCCGCGCAUUUGUGAGCUUAGCGCACAUUAAGCGUCCUUCCACUUCCGUGUUGUCGUACGGGUACCUGCUAGCUAGCGAGCUAACCACGGGCUUCGCUUCCCGCCGUUAUACGAUAUAACUGUAACGCAAAUGUGAAAGCUGCUCGCUUAAAACAUUAACUCAGUCUUUGCUUAGUUCUAUUCUAUGUUCUUAGUUCUAUUUGCCGCUCGUUUGUGAACUAAAACGCGGCAUUGUUUCAUCGCAUAUUAAGCGUCCAUUCACUUCCGUGUUGUCGUACGGGUACCUGCUAGCUAGCGAGCUAACCACGGGCUUCGCUUCCCGCCGUUAUACGACAUAACUGUGACGCAAAUGUGAAAGCUGCUCGCUUAAAACAUUAACUCAGUCUUUGCUUAGUUCUAUUCUAUGUUCUUAGUUCUAUUUGCCGCCCGUUUGUGAGCUAAAACGCGGUAUUGUUCAAUCAUCGCAUAAUAAGCGUCCAUCCACUUCCGUGUUGUCGUACGGGUACCUGCUAGCUAGCGAGCUAACUACGGGCCUCGCUUCCUGCCGUUAUACGACAUAACUGUGACGCAAAUGUAACAUUAACAUAGUUAACAUAGGCUGAGUUCUAUUCCAGCUACUUGCCGCCCGUUUGUGAGUGAGCUAAACGCGGCGCUGUUUCAACGCAUAUUAAGCUUCCCUCUACUUCCGUGUUGUCGUACGGGAACCCGCGAUGGACAAAAUACGCACAGGCCAAAUGGCACUUUAACACGUGACACCGCUUUUUGUAUUGCCCCGUUAAACCUCCAAGUGUCCAAUAUAGCUGCUCGUCUUGAAUAUAAAAUUAUAUACUUGAUCAUUAAGAGUCAUAAUAAGCGUUUGCAGGAUUAAUUCGGAUUUUUAUGUGGUUCUUUUCUGCUUUAGAGGCAGCAUUGUGUAGCAGGUCCUAUUGACAGUCAUUCCAAGUCACGUGACACAAGCACGGUUGAUGACGUUUCACCAAAGCUUCUAGUCAUCUCCAUAAAUGUGAAGAAUGUUUGCGCUUGAAUCAGCAGGACUCCCGAGACAGAUUUAACAAGAUUUUGCAUUUAUUUGCAUGAAAAUAGCUCUUAAAAUACUAAAAAAAAAUAAUAAUUCUCUCCAAAAGAAGAAUGUGUAAUACCUGGACUGCUGUGACAUUCAGAGGCUCUUCCAGCAAAGAUUAAAGUGCAAUGUGUUGCUCAUUCUUUUUUUUUUUUCUCUAAGCCCUUGAGUCACCAAGUAGGUGGGGGGGGCUUCUCCCCCCCAUAGUGAUAUUUAGGAAGCAUGAUACAUUAGUGUCGUCCGUCCCCCGUGGAUCAAGGCCAUUCCAGAUA